AAGGCGGCUUUUAAAUCUUCAUAUUUUUGGCAAUUAUAAAAUAAGCCGAAAAAAGGAUGCACCACUCAAGCAUGAAGGUAGAUCUCUCAAAUUUUUUCAAGGACGAACGCCGGCAGACAUUGGUUUUUAUUGAUGCAACAUGGCAAAACAUUAAGGACCUGCAAGAUCACAUUCAAAGUCUCUUCAAUUUGAAUGACAUUAGCCUGCUCACCACAGAUGGAUGUUUUCUGGCCCCAAGGGAGUCCAUCAAGGUGCUCAAAUCAGCCCAAGGACUAAAGGCCUUCCGGUUCGCCAGUCCUGUAAAGUUAAGUAAAAAGCGCAAGAAUCGGUCCGACGAAGAAGAGGUUCACAUAUCCGCCUCGACUCCCAUUCGCCCUACAAAACGCUCUAAAAACCUCGUUAGCCCCAAGAAAAUUGCGCCAGAAACAGUCAAUGUGGAUGCAGUGGAGGAGGAAGAGGAGGAGGCACCUGGAUCCUCUGUGGACUCAAGACGCUCUCAAAUUCGAAGAGAAACAACCCAUGUGGCUGUAGAAGAUGAUUCACCAAAGAAGGGAUCUGCCCCUUCCAAUAACAAAAGUCACCCGAAAUCGCCCAAGAUUCCAUUGGAAUCAUUUGAUUUGACAGCUGCGGAGAGGGACACCAAGGAAACUAAAAAAUCAAAAAAAAAGACUCAUGUAACAGCACACAGUCCUAUCAUUCUCGAGCGGUCCAAUAACCAUCUUGCUGUAGAGGAUGAGGCAGUAAAGAAGGCGUCUUCUUCCUCCAAGAAUAAAAACCACACAAAAUCGUCCAGGAUUCCAGUGGAAUCUUUUGAUUUGGUUGCUGCGGAGAAGGAAAAGAAGGCACCUGCUUCAACGAUUUCGUCGCGUUGCAAUGUCAAGGGAACCAAGAAAUCUAAAAAGAAUAACCAUGCGAAAACGGCUGACAUUCAGGAGGAAAAACAGGAGCAAGACGAAGCUCUUAAAAAUCCAUUCACAUUCGAGCGUUCCAAAAACAAAAGUGUCCCGAAAUCGGCUGAAAUUUUUUCGGAAACAUCUCAUUUAGCAGCAGCAGAGCAGGAAGAGGAGGAAACUGCACUCUCGGUUUCCACUUUCAAGGAGCCAAAGUGUUCCAAAAACAAGAGCCACCUAAAAUCGCCUAAGAUUAUUGAUAAUGCGGUGGAGUCGGAAGAUAAGAUACCGCCUCGUCCUUCGGUUUUAUUUCGAUGCCCGCUCAUGGAGCUGGACUCCAACAUCCCGCGCAUAUUCGAAUUUCCAGUUAUAAAAACUAAGGUUCAGAUAUUAGAAACUAUAAUACUCAAUGGGUUUGAUGGAAACUUUCUUCCCCAGAAAAAGACUAAAAAAGAGAUUGCAAAGCCAUUGUCAGUUGACAAUGAAACUAACCAACUGCCAGUCAAUGGCAAAGCGUCUACAUCAAAUAUCAUAAAAGAAGUUGAAAAUAAAGACAAACCACAAUCCACAUCCCUUCACGUUACAGCUGAAACCACUCUGCUAAAAGAUACAACUCUUCCUGAAGAUAUAACAAAUGCCGAAGUCACGUUUCCUGGAGAUACAACUGAAGCUGAAAUCGAACUACCAGUCAAUUCUACUGCAGCUGAAGUAACUCUUCCGGAUGAUACAACUAACACUGAGUUAACUCUUCCGGACGACUCUACGGUAGCUGAAGAAAUUCAUCCGGACGAUACAACUAAAGAUGAAUCAACUCUUCCGGACGAUUCUACUAUAGCUGAGGUCGAUAUAACUGAUGCUGAAGCCACUGUUCCUGAGGAUUCGACUGCAGCUGAAGAAUUUCAUCCGGUUGAUAAGAAGGAUACAACUAAAACAGACUCAACUAACGCCGAAUUAAUGCCAGACGAUUCCCUGAUCGAUGCUAAGGUUAAAUCAGAGGACAUACAAGUGGCACCGGCGCGCGCUUGCGCUGAUAAUUUCAUCUCGGAUUCCGAUGAUGACGUGAUGCUGGUGGAUGACACUAAUAUAGACUCAGACUCAGAUGUGGAGGCCAUACCAGACCCAAAGGAGGAGGAAACAUCAGAUAUUAUCAAGGACCUUAUGCAGAGUGCAACACCACUGACGAACUUGCCAGCCAGAGCCGAUACGAUUCUGUUCAAGUUGCAUAGGACCAAGGGAGUUGCGAGUUCCGGGACAACCGGUUAUCUCGCCGGCAACUGCACCUACGUGAACCGCCGCACCAAAACGAUCACUGUGGAGACCAUAACCUGUCCCCCUGGAAUCGGUCGCAUAAUGAGCCAAUAUGUGAACGCAUUAGACGAUUCUGCUGAAGAACUGCCUUCUUUGAGUAUAAAUCUGAAGCACAUGAUAGAUGCCAAGAUCGUGGUUGCCUCAGUCGAUUGAUUUUUGUGUACAUUCUUGUGUUCUAUUUCCAGGGUUUCGUAAUAGUUUUAAAAUAUAUAAACGAUUAAACAACA